AUGGCGAACAAGCUGGAGCGCAUCGACGCGCCCGGCAUUCGCGCCGAGGGCGCCGUGCUGCACAACAUGCGCCGUGAGGUCGCCAACCUGCUGCAUCGCCAGCAGCUGGGCUUUCCGGGAGCCCAACCCGUGAGCUUCUCGCGCAGGCACAUGGACGAGCUUCGGAAGCAGGACUACUAUGUCUGCGAAAAGACAGACGGCAUCCGCUACCUGCUCUACCUGACCGAAGACGAGGGAGCAAACGAGGUGCAGUACUUGAUCGACCGCAAGAACGACUACUGGUUCCUACCACCAGGAUCGCUGCAUCUGCCACGCCCCGACGACGCGGCCGGCUUCCACGUCAAGACGCUCGUCGACGGCGAGCUGGUCGUCGACGAUCUCGGCCAUGGCAACACCCAGCCCAACUUUCUCGUCUUCGACUGCCUCAUCCUCGACAACAAGGACCUGACCGAACGCACGCUCGACAAGCGCCUGGGCUACUUUAAGGAAGCCGUCUUCAAGCCGUACCAAGCGCUCUUCCGCAAAUAUCCCGAGGAGCGUCAGUUUCAGGCCUUUGGCAUCGAGAUGAAGAACAUGCAGUACAGCUACGGCAUCGAGAUGAUGUUCCGCACCGUCCUGCCCAACCUCAAGCACAGCAACGACGGCCUCAUCUUCACCCGCUGCAACACCGCCUACCACUCCGGCACCGAUCCCCACAUCCUCAAGUGGAAGCCCGUCGCCGAGAACACCAUCGACUUCCGCAUCGAGCUGACCUUUCCCCCGCGCGCCACCGCCAUUAAGAGCGACGUCGACGACGGUGACGACGACAGCGGUACCAUCAACAGCGGCAGCAGCAGCAGCGCCCACGACCUCAGCUUCCCCGACCUCGACUACGAUGCCCUCCCGACCGCCAACUUGCUCGCCUACCACGGCGACAGCGACCCCGAGCCCUACCAACUCUUCAAGUCCAUGUACCUCACCGCUGACGAGUGGGACGCCAUCCGGUCCACCGGCGACCCCGUCUCUAAUCGCGUCGUCGAGUGCGCCCUCGACGACCAGCAGCGCUGGCGCAUCCACCGCUUCCGUGACGACAAGCCCGAGGCCAACCACAUCAGCACCGUCAAGAGCGUCCUCGAAAGCAUCCGCGAUAGCGUCUCUGAAGAGGAACUCAUGGACGCUGCCAAGAGCUUCAAGGAGGGUUGGCGCGCCCGUCAGCAGACGCAGCACGAACAACCACGACGAUGA